GAAGAAACUGCACAAAAAAAACUCAAAACUUUUUUUUUAAUAGAAAUAAUAAUAGAAAAUUUGCAGCUUGCAUUUCCUUAAAAUGAAAUUACUAGAAGAGUUAAAUCAUCAAAACUAGCAAAAUUUAAAAUUUAUCACAAAUCUUAAACAACCCAAAUAUCACACAAGACAACAAAAACACAUUACCAUGGUCCAUGACUCAUUCAUAACAAGGAGAGAAGUACCUUUAUAGGAGAAAUUAAUAAAGCUUAAUAAGUUGAUCCAAUCCAUUAACUUGCACAUCAUCAUUGACUUAUAGUACUAUUUAUUACAAUUCCCAUAAAACCUUAGCAUACAGCUUGUUAAAUAGCUUUUGCCAAAACUACAACACAAAAAGUUCAAUGUUAUCUACUUUACCAAAACACUUUUAAAGAUGUGAGAACUAGCACAGUAGAUGCCCAUUUCUCCAUUUUGUUAUUUGUAUUGAAAGUUCAAAGAUCUGAUUUUGAUUUGAGAUUCUGUCGGUUCUGGUGGAGAGAAGAUAAUUUAAUUGGGGUGAAAAUGUCGAUUUUGUCGAAAACUGAUUCGAUUCAUAUUCGGGAGGUUUGGAAUGAGAAUCUGGAGGAAGAAUUUGUGUUGAUGCGGGAGAUUGUUGAUGAUUUUCCGUUUGUUGCUAUGGAUACGGAGUUUCCAGGAGUGGUGAUACGGCCGGUUGGGAAUUUUAAGAGUAUAAAUGAUUUUAAUUUUCAGACACUUAAGGAUAAUGUUGAUAUGUUGAAGUUGAUUCAGUUAGGGUUGACGUUUUCGGAUGAAAAUGGCAACUUGCCAAAGUGUGGAACUGAUAAGUACUGUAUUUGGCAAUUCAAUUUUCGCGAAUUCAAUCCGAAUGAGGAUGUUUUCGCGAAUGAUUCGAUAGAGUUGUUGCGCGAAAGUGGGAUUGAUUUCAAGAUGAAUAAUGAAAGGGGUAUUGAUGCUAUUCGUUUUGGGGAGCUUUUGAUGUCGUCAGGGAUUGUGCUGAAUGAUGGUGUUUCGUGGGUUACGUUUCACAGUGGGUAUGAUUUUGGGUAUCUGUUGAAGCUGUUGAGUGGACGGGCUUUGCCUGAUACGCAAGAAGGUUUCUUUACCUUGCUAAAUUUAUACUUUCCUGUGAUUUUCGAUAUCAAGCACUUGAUGAAGUUCUGCAACAGCCUUCAUGGUGGAUUGAACAAGCUUGCGGAGCUGUUGGAAGUUGAGAGGGUUGGUAUUUGUCAUCAGGCGGGUUCAGAUAGCUUGCUCACUGCUUGUACAUUUAGGAAGUUGAAAGAGAACUACUUUAGUGGUUCGCUGGAGAAGUAUGCUGGUGUAUUGUAUGGUCUAGGUGUUGAAAAUGGGCAGAGUUCCCAUUGAAGAAAACAUAUAAAUAAAUAAACUUUAGAAGGGUAGGUGUUUAUUACCUCUGUGUGUGCUGUAUGAUGCUGCGUUCCUAUGUAUACUUUUGGUAAAAAAGUUUCAUCGUGAUUUAUGGUAUCCACCUUAUUUUGGUUUUAUGCAA